AAACAUGUAGGCUAUAAUAUGCGUUUGUGGUCGCUUUUUAACCCUGCACUGAGGAUUCAUGCGCAAACUGUUUCUUCUGUGAAUUUCAUGGUGUAAUUGCAUUUAUACGUUUUCUAGUGAGGCAAUGCACAUCGUGAUGAUGAUCGUUGGUGCCUUUGUGUUGCGCUGUCAGCAUGCAGCUGCAUCUGGAAGAGCUCGGUCUCGCUCUCCCCGGGUUGUCUAGCCCUCUCUACUCGGCGAAAAAAAGUACUAUUUCAUUCAUCCCGGUUCCUUCCAUUCAUCUGGGCACUGCAGCGUAGCGGAGACUAGAGGUUCGAUCAGCACGAAAAUUCUUAUCAAUGGAGAGGGUGACGUCAAUGAGCUAGAGUGACGUGCAGUCACGUGGGCGCAGUGGGGCCGAAAUAAAAACACGGAGAGCUGACCGUGGUACUGAAAAUAUCCCAUAGCGCCGUGGAGGAAAAGCCAACCAUACGGCUUUUACAAACGAAAACACUAUACAAACAAAACUGCAACAUUUAACCAAAUAAUUUAUUAUUGAAGCGGAUCCUUAUACCUAGAUAACUUAAAUACAAAGUUUGAAGAGGAGACAAUUGGUGCGUCGGACUGCCCACUGACAGGAUUCCCGAUUCAACACAUAUGUGCGGUCAUGAUCUGGUGCCAACAAACUUCAAAUGUCCCCUUCAUUUUCCUGUUCAUGUUAUUUAGCCUCACAUUCAAUCCUGCAACCUUCAGUCCAGUGCCCGCAGAUAGAAACACAGCAAGUGACAACUAUGCAGCAUCCUCCUCUGCUCAGCAACAGGCUCAAUAUACUGAACCAGCCGAGGAACAGGGCACGCUACAUGAAGAAAAUGAAGAUGAUGAUGAACUCUUCAAAGACGUGGAUCCUAGAACUCUAGCAGCGGUCCUUCUCGAGGCCCUCAACCAGCCCCAGAAGGAAAAGAUGAGUGAACGAGAAGAUAAGGGAAGAGAAGUGGAAAAGGAGAAGGAUCUUCAGGGUGCAACAAGAGACAGAGAUAGUCACAAAGAGCUGGAGCUGGUCAUGGCAGCUGCUGCAGCGCAAGGAAAAGACGAGAAAGAAAGAGAGGAGGAAGAGGAGAAAAAAAGGGCUGAGGAGGAGGAUCGGCUAACGGAAAAAGUGACGAGCCGCACCACCAGUCAGACACUACCAUUAAAUGAGCAGGUGGACCCACAGGAGGGGACCACAAAAGAGGAAUUGAUCAAGGAGAAGGAGAGGCAGGAGCCAGAGAGAGGAGAACUGGCGGAGGAGGAAGAGCAGCUGAGUCCAGAGGAAGUGAAGAAUUUGGAGACUAUGUUAGAGGAAUUCCAGAGCUACAGCACAGCCACUAAGAGAGAGCGUGACACGUCCACAGGCCAGAGGGAGAGCCGUGGGGAGUAUUUCGAUAACCUGGACCGGAUUGGCCUCAUGAACAAUGAGAUCAAACCUAAAGCUAAAGGCAAUGACCUAGCACUGUCCAAGAAGAAGCUAAAGUGGCAGCUUGAACAAGAAAAGAACAAAAUUCUGAAUACAGGCAAUUUCAUGGAUGACUUUACCAACAACCUUGCUGACCCAGAGGAAGAAGAGGAAGACCAAGAGGAGGAAGAGCAGCUGAGCCCUGAAGAAGAGGAAACUCUGGCCAAAGCAGAGCAAGAGGAGGUACGAAGACAAGCAGCAGAAGCACAAAGAGCCAAAGCGGAGGAAGAAAAGCUUGCAGAUAUUGCAUCCGACAUGCUCCUGAAAUAUAUCAUGAAACAGGACAAGAAAAAGUACCAAGACAACAAUGGUGCAGAAGAUAAGCGCUCUGAUGAAGAGGACACUGGUAAUGAUGAUGAUGACAUUGACCCACAGACUAUCGAUAAGCUGAUUGAGAUCUCCAGCAAGCUGCAUCUUCCUGCUGAUGAUGUGGUGGACAUCAUUAACGAUGUGGAGAAGAAGAAGAAAAAAGAUGCUCCUGAAAAUCUCCCAUGGCAACGUCCUCUCGUGCCGCCUCCAGCCCCCGUUGCACCUUCUACGCUGUUACGGAAAUCUCAUCCUUCAAAACCUCCUCAACCGAACACAAACCCAUUAAAAGUCUGGUUCAAAGAAAGGGCCUCGGUCAAGCCCAGCAAGCAAGACAUUUGGGCGAGGCAGCAGUGGCCCUUUCGUACUUACCCUUCCUACAAUUUCUAUCAAAAACCCUACCGGGGAUAUUACCCAAUCUAUGUCCCACCUACAAAACCAAGAUCCCGCUACUAUCCCAAGCCUUCUUUCUCCCUCAAUGACGUCUUGGGAAACUCACUGGACUAUGACUUUGAUUACUCCCCCAGACGGAAGUCUCAUCUCUGGGCACAGUCUCGCCAAAGACUCCAACCAGCCUUCCAGAGAAACCUCUACUUCCCUCACUCUCAGACUUUUAAAGCUGUACCUUUGCCUAAACCCCGGUCACCUCUGCGUCAUUGGCCGUCCUUCUAUUACCCAGCCCGAGCUCCUGUAGUCACCAGGGAGGAUGAUUACUAUAGUCCGCUGAGGCAGCCGCCACAGGACAGUGAAGAGAAGCUGGAGAACUUCAUUGAGAGGGUCUUUUUGAAACAUCCCAGGAUGUUUCAGUAAGCAGACUGGGGGAAAAACAGAUAGACGAGGUAAAUGAGGAGGAGGAGGAGAAAGCGAAAGGGAACAACUUAAAGACUGUUCAUAGCCAACCUAUCACGUUCUGGUUUCCUUUGCUGAAAAUAGGUUCCAUCAUACUCAUUUAUUUGCUUCAGACAGAACAUAUUUAGGACCUUCAUGUCCAUCUAACCACACCUUCUACCCCUCUCCCCCUGGAGAGACUGAAAGACCAGCAAAGCUACUGGAGCGGUGAGAGGAAAGGGUGCUUAAAUAUUUCAAAUUCCCAACACUGUAUAAAGGAGCAGAUACCUGAUAGCAUGAAACACCAUGUUAUCAUCCAGAUCAAAGACAUUCAAGAUGGAAUCUUAAAAGACUUGCCAGUAUUAUGGAAGCAACUCCAUUUACCAAGUACCUUGUUUUGUUUUAUAUAUUUUGGACAUUUCAAAUGACAGUGGUCAAUAUCAUUGAUCACAAUGUAGAAGGAUAGCAAAAAAUAUUCUAAUUGCACCUUUAAAGAAUGCAAACACGCAGAUUUAUUCAAACAGAGAACACAGUGCCAUAAUGGUGGAAAUAUACAUUUUGUUUAUUCCAUAUACCAAAUGUAUUAAGUCUUACUUGUACCUCAAAGUAUUCUGCUUGAGCAUUUACCAAUUGUGUGUUCACUUGUGAAACAAAGAGGACACACUCAAAGUCUUGUACAUAGAAUUAGUUUCUUAUCGCUGUCUGCAUUUAGAAUGCAUUUAUACCAUUGUUUUUAUGCAAAAAGAUAGAUAGUUGGUGCGAAGGACAUUCAUACAUUCCAACGAUUUCUAAGAAACAAAUUUAUUAUUUCAUAGAAGCCGUUUUGAAUACAACUUUUAAUUGCCUUAAGACACUCUCUUCCCCUUUUCAGAUGAGCAGCAUUUCUGUCACAGACUGGGUGAAAGGUUUGUUCUCAAGCUCAUAAACUGGAAAGCAGUGAUCAGCCUUUAAACAUGUUUUACAAAUAAAACAAAUAUAUAAAGAUAAAUAAAAACAUUUCAUGUUUGUGGUUUCAAAUGUGUCAAAUGUUAAUGGAUCUUUCAAGAGUAACCUUAACUGUACUUGACAGUUUCUAAAAAUCAAUCACUGGGCCAAUGAGAGCUCAGUCAAAAUAGCAUAGCCAUCUAUUAAAUUAAAUGAUUACCAUUCACAUGGGAAUUAAGUAAUCUAGAUCUACUCAAUAUCAGCGUUAUCAUUAGGCGAAAGUGUAAAUCAGUAAAAUCGUAUUUCCUGU